UUUUUGUCAUGGUACUCGACAACCCGUCGAAGCUGUAGUCCUGAUUGUGUUGUUGACAUUCUAAGCCGUUGUAAUUUUUUCACCUUAAUGUUAUUAUCAAUAAAAAAUAGUAAAUAUUUGUCGCAAAAUGUCCGCUCAGCGAGCCUUACCCCAGAGCAAGGAGGCACUGUUAAAAUCUUAUACAACAAGACUGAAAGACGAUGUGAAAUCAAUGUUGGAAAACUUUGAAGAAAUCGUAAAACUAGCUAAGGGUGAGAAUGAUACGCAACUGUCACGUAUGACCCAGUGUGAGCAAGAUACCUACGAAAUGCAUGUUCGUGCGGCAAAUAUUGUGCGUGCUGGAGAAUCUUUAAUGAAACUAGUCUCCGAUAUAAAGCAAUAUUUAAUAUUGAAUGACUUUCCCUCGGUUAACGAGGCUAUUACGCAAAAUAGCAAAUUAUUUCGAACCAAGCAGGCUGAAUGCGAUCAAAAACUUGCUUCUCUACGAGAUGACAUGGCUGCUGAUCUUUAUGAUUUGGAAGAAGAAUAUUAUACGUCAAUAUAUAAGUGAACUAGUGAUUUUGUGAAACUCGAAAGUAUGAGAGGUGUGACAACUUUUAUUGUGAACCUUGGCUUGUCCCAGAAAGUUGAAGAAAGUGGAUCACAGUAUACAAGGUGAUUGUUCAGAUUAUUCCAAUGGAAUAUUUUACAAAAUUGAAUAAAGAACUGUUUUCAAUAACAAAAAAAAACAA